CGCCCAGAGUUGGAGCCGAUUUCCCGAAGUGGGAAAGAGGGAAUUCGGAGCGGGUGGAAGACACAGCAACACGACUGCCAGGGAAGCGUGGCACUGGAAAGCAGGGCAUUCAAUGAUUAUAACCUAGGGCACAACUUUACCCAUCACCAUUAAUACGGGACGGAUAACAGGUGGAAAUCACCACUGGACUCCAAUAACCGGGAUCUGGGGACCAACGCAAUUGCUAAACCAAGCUCGAUUUACCAGAGUCCGAACCAUGGGAACAGGAAACAAGCUUUAUUGAUCAGGGCUAGCUGAUGUUAGCAUCACAUUAGUCUACCAGCCAGCCGAGAGUGUAAUUGCAGUUAGCUGUCGUUAGCCGACCCUGAACCUACUCUGGGAGAAAAAACGGAAGGAUUACAGGCUGCCCCCACACGACGGGCGAUGUUUGCUUGGAAAUCUAGCGAGCUAGCCAGCACGCUAGCUAGCUAGCUACACCAGCUGAGGAACUGUGAUCGUUUCGCCGUUUGUGUUUUUCUUUAUUUUUCCAGUAUAUGUAUGAUUUUCUAUCUGGUAUUAUACAAGCUGUGGAUUAAACCCUCUUGUACGUCAGGAAGUUAGCUAGCUGGCUCAAGUUGCCUCAGGUAUAUUCAGAUAAAUUAGUGUGUGUCGCUUGUGAAGGUGGAAAAUGGAUGCGGGUAUAGAGAAGGAGUGUAGCGCUUUAGGAGGGCUUUUCCAGACCAUCAUGAACGACAUGAAGUCCAGCUAUCCUGCCUGGGAGGAUUUUGUGACCAAAGGAGUGAAGCUGCAGUCCCAGCUGAGGACCACGCUCAUUGUCACCAGCUCCUUCUUGGACGCCUUUCAGAAAGUGGCUGACCUAGCUACAGGGACCCGAGGGGCAACUAAGGAGAUUGGGUCUGCCCUAACCAGAAUGUGUAUGAGACACCGGAGUAUCGAGUCCAAACUAAAGCUCUUCACCACAGCUCUGACGGAGAGUUUGGUCAGCCCCUUGGAGCUGAAGAUUGAGGAGUGGAAGAAAGUGGCCAGUCAGCUGGAUAAAGACCACGCCAAAGAAUACAAGAAGGCUCGUGCGGACAUUAAGAAGAAGUCCUCUGACACCAUCAAGCUGCAGAAGAAAGUGAAGAAAGGGAAGGGCGAGGUGCGGAUGCAGCUGGACAGCGCCCUGCAGGAUGUGAACGUGAAGUACGCGGUUCUGGAGGAGACGGAGAAGCGGGCCGUGUGUCGGGCUCUGAUCGAGGAGAGGGGCCGGUUCUGCUCCUUCGUCAGCAUGCUGCGGCCCGUUCUGGACGAGGAGAUCGGCAUGCUGGGAGAGGUGACUCAUCUUCAGACCAUCCUGGAGGACCUGGGCACCCUGACCGCUGAGCCCCACAAACUGCCCCCUGCCAGCGAGCAGGUGAUUCUGGACCUGAAGGGCUCUGAUUACAGCUACAGUUAUCAGACACCCCCUGCCUCCCCUGGCACACUGUCCCGAAAAAGCAGCAUCAGCAGUAACUACCAGCCUACCUCAGUGCGCCAUGUUCCCUCUCUCGACUCGAUAUCCAGUGCUGUGGACGGCAUCCACCUCCGACCCGCCUCCACCCACAUCCCCCACACCUCCCAGGAGCAGGGCCUGCCUAACUGCCUGCCUCCCAGGCAGCAGGGCUCUGCUGGCACUGAGAACGGCACCGCCAUGCCCCCCCCUCACAUCCCCUACGCCCACCCCACAGAGAGGGCCCGCGCCAUGUCCACCUCCAGCAAGCCCCAGACGGCGCGGGAGCAGCUGGCUCUCACGUUGGGCGGAGGGGGGCUGAAUUCGGACGCCCCGCGCACCAGCCACGACUCGCUGCACUGCUCCAGUGGCUACAGCACGCAGACCACCACGCCCUCCUGCUCCGAGGACACCAUCCCCUCCCACGCUGUAAAGAAAGAACCUCCUCUUUAUGACUACGACUACAUCUCCCUGCACGGAGGCGAGGAGGCGCACGAGCACCCUGAAUUCGACCGGUCCUCCACCAUCCCGCGCAACAGCGACCUGGGCCAGAACUACCGCAAGCUGUUCCAGAGCAAGCGGCCCGCCUCCACGGUCAGCCUCCUGGCCGAACCCGAGCCGCUCAUGGGCCAGAGCCACGUGGCCACCAUCCGCCGCAAGCCCUCCACCAAGCCCAACUUCCGCCGGGGCACCAUCAGCGGGGGCGUCCCCAUCCCCAUCUGCACUCCCCAGGUGCCCCUGUCCCACUCCCGGCAGAACCUGUGCACCUCCACUCAGAGCCUCAGCUCCGCCCCGCCCUCCGCCUCCCCCUACUACACCUGCAUACCCCCCCAGGCCCUGCCGGGGCAAGGGCAGCCGCCCCCGACGGCCAGCAAGCCCCAACUACCCCAGCCGCUCCAGCACCAUCUGCCCCAGCAACAGCACAAUCUGCCCCAGCAACAGCAGUAUCUGCCCCAGCAACAGCAUCUGCCCCAACAACAACAGCAUCUGCCCCCACAACAGCAGUAUCUGCCCCAACAACAACAGCAUCUGCCCCCACAACAGCAGUAUCUGCCCCAACAACAACAGCAUCUGCCCCAACAACAACAGCAUCUGCCCCAACAACCGCAGUAUCUGCCCCAACAACCACAGUAUCUGCCCCAACAGCCGCAACAUCUGCCCCAGCAGCAACAGCAUCUGCCCCAACAGCCGCAGCAUUUGCCCCAGGUGCAACAACUGCCCCAGCAGCAGUAUUUGCCCCAACAGCAACAGCAACAGCAGCAGCAGCAGCAACAGCAGCAGCAGCAGCAUCUGCCCCGGCAGCCCCACCCGCACCAACAGAAUCUGCCCCCACAGAAUCUGCCCCGACAGCCCCACCUGCCCCAGCAGCCCCACAUCCUGCCCCCUCAGCACCUCCAGCUCCAGCAGCAGCUCCACCCGCAGGCGCAGCACGCCCUCUACAGCCCCACCCCUGUCGGCACGGUAACGACCCCCCCGCCAGACCAAGCCGCUCAGGAGGCGGAGCCAUCGGGGGGCGGGGACAUGCUGUCUCAGAUCCGCGGCGUGAAACUCCGCCGGACUCUGACCAAUGACCGCUCGGCUCCCAUGAUCCCGCCCAAUCACCAUUAACUGUGCUCCGCCCAACCCCCGUCACACCCAAUCACCUUCAACCGAGCGCAUCACCCCUCCCAACAAAUCGAGCUGAAUUCAGUUUUGUUUCCUGUUCCCUGUUCAUUUCAGAUUUUCCUGUUUGUUUCAUAUUUCUCUGUUCAUUUGUUUGUUUUUUGUAGAUUUGGGGAAUUUGCAGAGGUUUUUUUUUUUGCCGUUUGUGCUGUUAAAAAGACUCUUGUUGCUGGCGAUGACUCUUACCCGCCGUGAUUCAGCAUCGCCACGGAAACCGUGGCCUGUUUUCCAGCAGUUCAACAAACGCUUGCGGCUCUUUCAAACUUCGCUCCUGAAAGCUAAGUUAUACGUCCGUGUGGUUGCUGCAGAAGUAUAUAUUUUAAAUGAUUGCCUUGCUUACUUAGCACAUAGUCUUAAAUCGCCCGUGGAGGUUCGGACGAAAAGCGAACGUUUAAAAGACAUUUGUAUAUAUUUAGCAUAAUCGAAAUUGAACUGGAGACUUAAUGGUAUUUAGUUUUAUUAGAUGGCGCGACACUGGCGUCUUCGUCUUCGAACGAGCUGGGCGUCUAUUUUUGUAACGGACCUCCGCCCUGGCUCCGUUCUGGGACGGGCGAUGUUGGGUGGCUGUCGGGGACAAACCCAAAUCGGAACGAGACUGAGAUUUUGUUUCAGGCCGGGCGAAAUGGACAGAAGAUGGAAGAGGUUGAGAAACCUGCCACCUUUUGCGCCUCCUCAUCGUAACGUGGAUUACCGUAUUCACCUCCCCGUGUUUUCAUGCUCUGACCACUUGGGGGGCGCUCACGAGACGCGUCCCGGCUGACAGCGGGGAGGUUCCGAUACGGGAGCGAUCCUUCAUUGGGCCGGGAGUUCCGGUACUUUUCUGGGCGCUGGUGUGCUUCUAUGUGCAGUGGACCUGCUCACUCUGUAAUGAUGUAAUGCCACCGUUGGUCGUGACCGGCUCAAAGUCUACGGGAGUUUUCUUGCGGAUGCUGGGAUGUCUGUGCUAGCCUGAUUUAUCGAUGUUUGCCUCAUUUCAAUCAAUAAAACCCUGUCUGUUUCCCCUCGCGCUUCUCAUUUUAAAAGGUGACACCUCUUGCAGGAAAUCAGGUAAUUUUACAGUAAUAAAAGCUUACAUUUGCUUGCUUGGGAAGUUAGUCCUUUCUGCAGAUGGGUAUUUAUAAAAGGAGGGUUCUGUUGUGGCUCAAACGGGGUGAGCCUUCACGCUUUCAAGAAAAAGUGUAACUUUUGAGUUCCAGAGCCUUUUUUAAAGGAGUUUGCGCUUGUAUUUUGUUGCAGGUAAUGCUUGUUUUGUGUUAAAAGUGUGCCGCAUUACGCGGUUCAUAUCCCUUCACAGUUCUGAUGUGAUUACUGCUGUACGAUUUCCACCUAUACGACUUCCUGCUCCCACCUUUACGACUUCCCGCUUCCUCAUUUACAACUUCCUGCUCCCAACUUUACAACUUCCUGCUUCCUCAUUUACAGCUUCCUGCUCCCUCAUUUGCUGUACAACAUUCUGCUAUAGCUUCAUAGAAGUCGCACGAGGCCCCGAAAUCGAACACAAUGCAUUUCAAGUGCAGCUUCGAACUGGGCCAUGUGCACGGCUACGAGGAACAUCCAAUAUAUAAAGGCUGAGUUUUCUCCUGUGCAGGAGCAUUGUGUGGGACUGAUCUAAGCAAAAGCACACUGUCAUUAGCAGUAAGGUUCUCAUGACCAGAGUGGGGCGUGUGGUGGUCAGUAAAUGCCUGUCUGAUUUGGUGUUUGUUUCAACAGAAUAAGAAUGAAACCAGUUCAUUUUUAUUUAUUUUAUUGUUUUCUUAAAUUAAAAAAAAAAUGUGUACACAAUCUUUUUGUUGCUUUAACUGCAUACAUGAGACAGACUUUCAAAGAUCUUUCCUUUCAAGUAAAUAAAUAUAAUUUAAUCUAAA